CAACAACAAUCCCCGUCAAUACAGCUCAAAUCUGUUUAUCGCCGAGUGGAUAUUUUGCCAGCCUGCUAAUUUCUCCCGAACAGUGCCAGAUUUGGGCUAUUAUGGCGUCUUUGGGGGAACCUGUUCGACUGGAAAGAGACAUUUCUCGGGCCAUUGAAUUGCUUGACAAGCUCCAGAGAACAGGGGAAGUGCCACCCCAGAAACUGCAGGCACUGCAAAGGGUCUUGCAGAGCGAGUUCUGUAAUGCUGUGCGAGAGGUGUAUGAACAUGUGUAUGAGACAGUGGACAUUAACAGUAGCCCAGAAGUCAGGGCAAAUGCCACAGCCAAGGCCACUGUUGCAGCGUUUGCGGCCAGUGAGGGGCACUCACACCCUCGCGUGGUGGAGCUGCCUAAGACAGAGGAAGGACUUGGCUUCAAUAUAAUGGGAGGGAAGGAACAGAACUCUCCUAUUUACAUCUCACGCAUCAUUCCUGGGGGAAUCGCCGACCGCCACGGGGGCCUCAAAAGAGGCGACCAGCUUCUUUCUGUCAAUGGGGUGAGUGUGGAGGGGGAGCACCAUGAGAAAGCUGUGGAGCUUCUCAAAGCUGCCCAGGGCACUGUGAAGCUGGUGGUCAGGUACACUCCUAAAGUCCUUGAGGAAAUGGAGUCCCGCUUUGAGAAGAUGAGGUCUGCAAAGCGCCGGCAACAGAACAGCUAUCCCCAAUAGUGUUUUUUCAUCACUGGCACGCAAUUCCCUCAUCUUUCACCCUCUUCCAGCCAUCUGUCCCAGUCACAAUUUUAACCUUCUUCUAAAACUUAGCACACUAAGUUUUUAGUUUAGAUCCACAUACAGUGGGGCAAAAAAGUAUUUAGUCAGCCACCAAUUGUGCAUGUUCUCCCACUUAAAAAGAUGAGAGAGGCCUGUAAUUU